CUCCGUGACUAGCGGGCAUUUUUGUGUGACUUCCGGUGGGGAAAAUUUACUCACAAAAACUGGUGUUUUAAUUUUGUUAACAAAGUUCUGUUGCCCAUUUGACCGCAAAGAUGAUGGAAAUAAGCCUUACACGCGUUGAUUACACCCAGGUUGGUGUAACAUCUCCAAAGUGUUUAAGACUUCUGCCAUUAGCUGGGAAAACACAAAAGGCAGCAAUAGCUGAUCACAAAGGUGUUCUAGAAGUGUUUUCUGUCAAGAAAGGAGAUGCACAGCCUGUAUUCAAGACCACACCUGGCCCCAAAAUCAACCGUCUUGAGCUUGGGGGCCCAGUGGGAGGGGUCAGGGAACGGAUAUUUGUGACCUCUGGACCGGAAGUGAAAGGUUACACAAAGAAGGGGAAGAACUUCCUGACCUUUGACACCAACAUGUCAGAGAACCUCCUGUCAAUGUAUGUUGAGGGAUCAGACCUAUUCUGUUGCGGGCAGUUCAUGUACAACCACUAUCGGGACUGCAAGGAUACCAACUACUUCCUGUCUGGGGACCAGGUCAAUGAUGUCAUCUGUUUGCCCACACAGACUGUGAAGUCCAUCACCCCAAUCCUGGCCUGUCAGGACAGGGUCCUCAGAGUGCUCACGGAGUCCGAGUUGCUGUACGAGGUGGAAGUCCCAGGGCCUCCUGUCACCCUGUGUCUGUUCGCCAGCAACGGAGGGGAUGAUGGUACAGAGGUGCUGUUUGGGACCUCUGAUGGGAGAGUCGGCCUCGUACAGAUUGGCAGGGACUGCCCCUCCCAUUUGUGGGAACUGACCAAUGAGAAGCGUAAUGGAGGUGUGCUAUGCUUGGACAACUUUGACAUCACGGCAGAUGGAGUCCUUGACCUUAUUGUGGGUCGUGAUGACGGGCUGGUGGAGGUGUACAGCUAUGAUGACUCAGACGAACCCAUACACAGGCAUACACAUACUUGUUCAGAAAGCAUCACAUCAGUACAGGGAGGCAUUCUGGGUACAGCAGGAUAUGACGAGAUCGUCUGCUCAACUUACGCUGGCUGGGUGUUAGGCCUGACCACUGAGCAGCAAACUAAAGCCCUGGGACCAACCGAGGUGAUCACGUCUCCUGUAGCCGUGCAGAAAAUAACAGGCUUGAAGACUGACCUUGAGCAGCUGCAGCAGAAGGUAAUGUCAGAGCGGGAAAAGUACCAGCAGACGGCACAGAGCACCACUGCCAUCUCUGCGGUCCCCAGCUUCCACAUCAACGACAAGUUUGUACUGAAUCGCGAGGACGCCAGUUACACUCUCAGUCUGGAGCUGCAGAUGCCUAUCGACAAUGUACUUUUGCAGAGUGAUGUGCCCAUUGACUUACUGGACGUGGAGAAGAACUCAGCUGUGGUCAGCUACAGUGCCUGCCUACCUGAGGAGGGCAAUUUCCUGCUGGCCACGUACCGUUGCCAGGCCAACACGACUCGCCUGGAGUUGAAGAUACGCUCCAUAGAGGGCCAGUAUGGCACCAUCCAGGCGUACGUGACCCCUAGAGUGCAGCCCAAGACUUGCAAGGUCAUGCAGUAUCAGAUCAAACCACUCUCCCUGCAUCAACGCACACAUGUGUUUGAUGAACAGAGACCCCACAACAGCCUGAAGUUGACAGGCCAGUUCAGUCAGGGGGAGAUGCACUCCUGGGUGUGUUUCUGUCUCCCAGAACUACCAGAGAAGACCCCGCCCGGGGACAGCGUACAGUUCCAUUUUGUCUCCACCUUCCUGGACACACAGCUUGAGUGCUUGUACAGCAAGGGCACAGCGACAUUCCGCUCUGACAACAUCUCUACGAUAUCCAUCCUCAAGGACGUACUGACCAAGGAGGCCACCAAGAAGAAGGUCAGACUGGACAUAACAUACGAUGUAAAUGAGGACUCUAUCCCAUACACCCUCAAUCUGAUCCAUCCCAAACUGGAAUACCAGCUGUUGUUGGCAAAGAAAGUCCAGCUUAUAGAUGCUCUCAAGGAGCUGCAAGUCCAUGAGAACAGCACAGAGUUCCUGUCCCCCGAAUACAGACAGAUACUGCAGGAUGCAGAACAGCUCAAGGUCGAGUACAAGAGGCAACCUUGCCAUCUGGAGAGGCUCUAUGGCAUGAUUACGGAUCUGUUCAUUGACAAGUUCAAGUUUAAAGGUCAGAACAUGAAAGGUCGUGUCCCAGCCCUUCUAGAGGUGCUAGACAACUAUAACCUUCAAACCCUCGUGCAGUUCUUUGAACAGAGUAUAUAGGCUGGACAGGGUGAUGUCGAACAAUAAAUGAGGUGUAUUUUGAGACCUUCCAAGAAAUUCUGGAGCUAUAAUGUAUCUGGAAACAGUCUUGACAAAAUAAAUGUUUAAAAUCCAAACUGUUUGCAUAUUGAAAUAUGACUUUAAAAAAAAAGCUUUGUCACUUAUUAUCAGCCAGUAAAUGAAUUAUAUUAAAUGAGAAAUUAACACAAGGGACAAUGAAAUGCUUUGAAUGCCUUUUACUUAUGGAAGAAACAUCUGUUGAAAUUGUUCUCAAAACAUAAAUGUGUAUACAUGUAUUAAGAUGCACAAUGACAUAUACAUGAUUUGUUAUUGUAUUUUUAUUUUAAUUUGUUAUUCAUCUAAGCCUUUUGGCAUGUGUUGUUGAUGAUAAAAGGUUGUUUGCAAUAUUGUAAUAUUUCAAGGACAAUUAUGUGUAAUAAAUGACAGAAUUAGUUGAAACAAAUGCUCAAAAGACCUUCGGACAGAAAAUUACAUUAUUUAGUUAUUAUUAUGGGUAUUGUUUAACUAAUUUAACAACAUGGAUUAACAGAGGAUAUUCAAUAAUAUUAAAAAAUGAGAAUUGUGACUAUCUUUGUUUUAAAACUUUUUGAAUUUUUCAGAUGAUUGUGCAAGUAUAAUUGUAUAAUUGUAGAUGUGCUGAGUUAUUUAUUAAAGUGUUGUUGUAUGAAUGCAUACUGAUUUUGUCUGCUUUUGUACAAUGGAUUGGUUCUAAAAUUAUUUUUACAUUUCCAUGGCCGUCCAUAGGUUUUCUGUGUACUUCUUGUGAGUUGUGUACCACUACAUGUGUGUUUUGUUUAAACUAUUAACUACUGAAGCUUUAUGAACCAGUAUAUGUGCUGUUGAUGUAAACCACAAUAAAAUAUGUCAACUUUUU